UAAUAUUAUCAAUUGUGGUUAAAAUGGAGCUACGCAGCAAAACUAAUAAUAAUUUAAAAGACAUGCUUAAAAGUGCAGGCGUCUAUGAAGAUGGCAUGAAUCUGGAUGAGAUGCGCAUGCUGGCGCGAGCAUUACAGCUGUCCAGCGAAAGCAACGAGUACUCUGAGCUUGACCACGCACUCUAUGAGAGUCAGAUGGAGUCUCAAAUAUUGGCCAGCUCCACAAUGAUCGUUGAUCCCAUAGGGGCGUCUAGGGACACUACUAGCCUUGAUCGCGACUGUGACAGUCCACCAAGUGAGCCCAUAUUCCUGCAGGUGCAGGCACAGGUGCAUCAUGAACUCAACUGGAGUCCCAGCAAGGGUGCAGCAGUAAAUGGACGUCCGCCCAAGCGCAUAGCUAAUGAAGUCAACGCUGAAUGGAAAUCCAAGCGUGUGCUUGUCUGGGGUGAUCGUAAUGAAACGGAGAACGACGUCGAUGUAACACCCAUAUCAUUGGUCAACGACUCUGGCGUUAGCUCGGAUCAAAUUAUCACGUUCUCAAGCAUCAGCGAUACGUCCACAGUGCCAUCAAUUGGCGAAAUGCCCAGUCAAUUGCUUAUCAGCACCAGCAGCGCUGCCGUUUCCGGCUAUUCGGAGAGUGAUGAUGAGAUCAGUCACGUAUGAUAUUUAAUGCUUGAUCAAACAAUUUGAUUGUCUUUAUUUAGCCGAAAAUUAAAG